UCUUUUCACUGCCAGACGGCCAGCAGCUACGGACAGGCAGCAUAGCGGAAGGAAAAGAAAAGAAAAGAAAAAAAACGGCAAGAGCAUAUAACUCAUUUUCUACCCAAUCUCCGCGCAAACACACACACACACAAGCACACAGGUCAGUGCAGCAUAUUCCUUGGCACCGUUUGUUCAACCAGCGACAGCAGCCAGGGAGCCAGCGCAAGCACACGAACCGCGGCUGAGUCUCGGGGUCCCCCUCAGGUGUGAACGGCGCGGCGGACAGGCGUGAAUAAAUAAUACAACGCGGCGAUCCGCCAACGUUUAUGAUCGGUCAGCGGUUCAUCAGCAUCGUUUCGCGUGGUGGUGUAGUAAGUCCGGUUUUUUGUUUCGAAAGUACUCGGAUCGGAUCGGUAGGCCAGCGCCAGUGUGUGUGUGUUUGCGCUGUGAUUUCAAGAUUUCACCACAGCGCGGCGGCGACCAGGCUACGGGCUUAGUAGGACGCGUGCAAUUGCAGCCGGACGGGCAGAAAAAGUGCAACGUGUCGUGCGUGUGUGGCACACAACAACAACAACAACAACACACCCCAGCCACGAUCGAAGUGUUGGUUGGUUGGUAGGCCGAGUAGGAAAAGCGCACCGAGCACGGGCGAAACAAUUCCCAUCACUCACAGGUGUGUGUGUGCUGAGGCACCGGCGCGCCGUGUUCUGCUUUUAUCGCAAUCUACUUAUCAGCUGGUCGGGGUUGGUGUUAGGUGACUCGCGGACAAUCCCCACCGGUCGGCAGUGGCGGAGGUGUUUCCGCUGUACACCGAGAUUAACCGUGGGCCGAGCGAGCGGACGUCGUUUUGUCGCAUACGCAUUCGUCAUACGGGUGCGCGCGUUGGCAAACGGGUAAAGACCGCUGCGGCAAAAAACCGACCGCUUAGUGUGUGAUUCGAGGCCAGCGCGAGCAGUCGAGUCACUUGUGCAAACAUACCGCGGUUGGUGCGCACGACAAACGCACGAGCGCGCACGAACGGUAGUGUCAGUCACACCAACAGGCCCUACAUAGGAGCGAGCUCCGGAGUGAAGUGAGGUUCGCUACGCGCAAACGGAACGCUGGUGCUGUGUGUUGUGUCACUCGGCGAAUCGAUCACUCGAUCAAUCUUUUUUUUCUUUCGAUUGCGUGGGGUGCGCACACGCUUUCUGUAGUAUCGCGAACGAGGAAAUGAUAGUGAACUGUAGUAGUGAACGUACAAACGAACAUCAUCAUCAUCAUCACCACGGCAACCGAGGUGCAGCAGUCGUAGCACACACGCGUGGGGAAUGUUAGAGGAAGAAAAGCAAGAAAAAGCACACUAACGCACGUAUGCAUCGCACAACACCCCUUUCGAGGAAGUAAAACGGUCCGCUUCUCGUGUGUUGGUAGUGUGGGCGCAGGUGUGUGCUAUAACUUUCCAGGAUUACCGGGUGGUGAACGAACCACCUCGCAAAGGUUUGCUGUACAUCGAAAAAAGUGAAAUUUGCCCUGGCUGCCGCCUGCAUGCUUCAUCGCCCCGUUACCCUUAACGUCACCGAGUGCUGACUGACUGUGUGUGUGUGUGUAUUUGUUGAGCGUGCGUGAACAUAUGUGUGUACGUGUGUGUGUGCGCUGUUUGGUGGUGAAAACAAAAGAAGAUACGCACUCCUAAAACAUAAAAAUACACAAACACACUGACAGAUAUACAUACACGCGUGUGCGAUCGCGGCCCUGUCGCUUGGCUGCAAACAGAGUUUUUUUCUUGGUUAGAAACGAAUGACACUGCGAGAGUAGUGAGCGAUCCGGGGUAAGGGGAACAUACAAAUACAGCCUCCAAAACCUGUCCGACCGUAGUAGGGGUGGCUAUAGCGACAGCAUAACCCAUUUGUGCCGAUAUCUAAGCAAACAUCGCAAAAAAAGACAAACUUCAUCACCAUGCUGAAGAACAAAGCAACCGAGGAAAAGGUCGACACGCUGCUGUCCAAGAGCCAGAUACCGAUCAUCGAUCUCGCACAUUGUGGUACGGAGGAAUGUCCAAUCCGGUCGGUGGUGAAUCGUGUCGGCCAUCAGCUUCACAAGGCACUCAGCGAAAAAGGCAUCGCGCUGCUGGUAAACCAUGGCAUCUCGGAGGAUAAGAUGAAGCAGGUGUACGGCCAUCUGGACGAUUUCUGCAAGCUCUCGGACAACACGAAGGAAACGUACCUGCGCAAAGGGGAAACGAACCACGGCUACAUCAAACCGGGCCAGGAGCGGUUCGACGGCAAAUCGAAGGACAUCCGGCAUACGUUCAACAUCUGCACGCUGAAGCCGGACGGCGGUCCGCUACCGGACGAACCGCUGCCCGGCUUCCGGGAGCACGUGUCCGACCUGGCGACGGACUUCAAGCGCCUGUCGGCCCUGCUGCUGCAGGCGCUGGCCGUCGGGAUGGAGCUGCCGUACGGGUACUUUCUCGAGAAGCACCGCCACAUACUGGACGGCGAGGGCGAAAACCAGUCCACAUUCCGGCUGCUCUACUAUCCGCCGCUGAUAGAGGACGACGGGAAGAAUGAGCUGCUGCGCGGGACGUGCAAGUACAGCCAGCAGCGCUGCACCAAGGACGAGAUCGACCUGUCCCUGCCCGAGGACUACCGUGCGAAGGUGCGCGAGCAGCAGGAGCAGGAGGAGCAGGAGCUGCAGCAGAUAACGCGCUGCGGGGCGCACUGCGACUACGGCACCUUCACGCUGCUCGCCCAGGACUCGGAGGGCGGGCUGGAGGUGAAGCUGCCCGGCACGGAUCGAUGGAAACGCGUCGGCCAUCUGCCCGGCGCCAUCCUGAUCAAUGCGGGCGAGCUGCUGUCGACGUGGACGGGCGAAAAGAUUAGCGCGCUGCAGCAUCGCGUGAUCAUACCGCAGGAGGAAACGAUCCGCACCCGUGGCCGUCAUUCGUUGGCAUUUUUCGUACACCCUGACAACUGCAUCUCGAUAGCACCGAUCGAUCUGCCAGCCUCCAGCUCGUCCAACUCGCUCGAUUCGGAUGAGAAAAAAACCAAAGGACGCAAGAAGUCCUUCAAAACUGCCAAGUCGAAGAUCUACAACGCGUACCAGCACGUGCAAAGGCGCUUUAAGGAAACGUACGCGUCGUGAGGUUAGGCUUAAGCUAAGGCGAAACAAGCAGUAUUUACCUUACUGCGCAACAAGAAAAGACUAGCUGUAGCAGAAUCACAUCCAACUUAAACACGGAUUCAUCCUCCCUUCCCCUUAGUACCCUCCCCUGCCGCUGCGCAUCCCCUUCGCGCAUCGUUGGACGUUGCCUUCGCCGGUCGCAAGCGGGUUUCGCGCGGUGCUGUAUUUAUGAGACUUAGCCACAAUUUAUUCCACCAUGUUUCUUCCAUCUUAUUUGGUGUACUUUUUUAACGAAAUAAUAUUAAAAACAAAAAACGCUCACAAGAGAUACAAACCUUAA